UUCAUUCAGUCUUUCACUUUUGAAGACGACAAGUGUUGCAAAAAAUGGAGAAAUUUUUAAAAUUCGGACUAUUGCUGCUUUGUACUAUAUUUUGUACAUCAGCAUAUAAAGUUCGAACUGAAGAAGAAAUUGCAAAUCGUGAGAACAUGCUGAAGCACAUCGACUCAUUUACGGAUCUUUUUAUCAGCGAGUACACAAACUUUACAAGAACAGGCAUUCAGACUCCUGCAUUAGAUGGCAUGUUGAAGAUGAUGCAAAUUCCAAAACAAUUCGCAAUAAAUGAAGUCAGUGAUAUGGAUGCUGAUGCAGCAAUAAUGACAUGUGUGGCAUGUCGAACAACAUUUGCAUUGAUGUUGAAUCAGUAUCGAACUGGACAGAGAGAUAGAGAGCAGCUGACUCAAGAUUCCAUUGCAUUGUGCUUGCAAUUUACUACUUACAGUAUUAUUGUAUGUGAAGGUGCUGUGAGGAAGCAUGUAUUUUAUUCAUUGUCGAUAGUCGUCCUUCACUUACAGCCAAUCAGAUGUGUUCAAUAG